AGGAAGUACGACCAGCAGGAGCUACCGUCAGGAAAGUUAGCCAGCACACUGCUUUCUAUUUCCACCUUUAAAACGGCGACUCUAACUUAUUCUAACUGAAUGGCUAUAUGGAUGCAUCUUCAUUGCAAGCAGUUAGUGUAACGUAGGGGCUAGCGUUAGUAAACUCAGUGCAGUAGCUGUAAAUUGUCUCAAAGUAGAGACAUGCUAGGCUAGCAUAUGUCAACAUCCCAGGGCAGUUGGAGCUGCUAGGAGUUUGAGUUGUUGAGGAGAGCCUGCUCAGGUAACGCUGUUUCAUUAUGAAGACCAAUAAGUCGUACAAGCUUGUGCUGCACAAGAAAGGUUUUGGUGGAAGUGAUGAUGAGUUGGUUGUCAACCCAAAAGUUUUCCCUCAAGUCAGUCUGAGGGAUAUAAUCGAGAUCGCACACCCCACAGAUGAAUACAGUCCUCUCCUGCUGCAAGUGAAGAGCCUAAAAGAGGACCUUCAGAAAGAGACGAUCAGUGUGGACCAGACUGUAGCUCAAGCCUUCAAGUUGCGUGCCUACCAGGAUGUCAUUGUCAACAUUGUCGACCCAAAGGAUGUAACACUUGACCUGGUGGAGCUGACCUUCAAGGAUCAGUACAUCGGCAGAGGGGACAUGUGGAGACUAAAGAAAAGUCUGGUGAGCACCUGUGCUUAUGUGACACAGAAAGUGGAGUUUGCAGGAAUCAGGGCCCAGGCCAGUGAAUUGUGGGUGAAAGGAGAGAAAGUGACCUGUGGGUACAUCAGUGAAGACACCAGGGUGGUGUUCAGAUCCACAUCUGCAAUGGUGUACAUCUUUAUCCAGAUGAGUUGUGAGAUGUGGGACUUUGACAUCUAUGGGGAUCUCUACUUUGAGAAGGCUGUAAAUGGUUUCCUCUCUGACCUUUUCGCCAAGUGGAAGGAGAAGAACUGCAGUCAUGAAGUGACAGUUGUACUUUUCUCACGUACAUUCUACAAUGCCAAAUCUAUCGAUGAAUUUCCUGAGAUCCUGAGAGGGUCCAUCAGACAGGAUCAUGAGGGACGUUUUUAUGAAGACUUUUACAGGGUUGUUGCUCAGAAUGAGAGACGGGAUGAGUGGACAUCACUACUGGUCACUAUCAAGAAGCUCUUCAUUCAGUAUCCUGUCCUGGUGCGGCUCAAGGAAGCAGAUGGUUUUCCUGUUGGUAACAACUCAACUGCUGCUCAAGGAAACUACCUGGAGGCCAUUAACCUUUCCUUCAAUGUGUUUGACAAGCACUACAUCAACCGAAACUUUGACCGCACAGGCCAGAUGUCAGUGGUCAUCACACCCGGGGUGGGAGUGUUUGAAGUUGACCGUCUGCUUAUGAUUCUCACUAAACAGCGUAUGAUUGACAACGGUAUUGGGGUAGACUUGGUGUGUAUGGGGGAGCAGCCACUGCAUGCAGUACCAUUAUUUAAGUUGCACAACAGGGCAACACCUGGAGACUCUCGUGUUGGAGACGACUAUAACCUUCCUCACUGGAUCAACCACAGCUUCUACACCUCCAAAAGUCAGAACUCAUGUAGCUCCUUCACCCCUCGAAUCAAACUGGCUGGUCGCAAGCUUCAUGCUGAGAAAUUUAAGAGCAGCAAGGACCACACUCUCUGUGCUACAAAAGACUCUGAAAACAGCCUACCAAUUCAGGUGGACUACGACGCCUAUGAUGCUCAGGUGUUCAGACUGCCUGGUCCUUCACGAAUUCAGAGGAGUACCAACUUCAGGAUGGGUCGAGACAAAGAGACAAGUGGGAGGAAGAGCUGGGGCUCAGUGGACGUCAGUGCAGGCAUAGGCGCGUCCCCUCCUAUUCGCUCUGGAGGUCCGGACGAACAGCGUAGCCUGGCUUCUGAUGAUAGUCUGGGCCCUGUGUCCAACAUGCUGCUUAUACCUCGCAUGCCUCCUGCCCAGUAUGAAGUCAGCAGCUCCCUGGGAUACACCAGCACCAGAGAGUUGUUGGAGAAGAUGAUGGACUCUCAGCGGGACUCCAGUGCCCCGGGCAGGUUCACAGUGGGAAGUGCUGAAUCCACCCUGCACAUUCGUCCAGGAGGUUACACCCCACAGAGAGCACUCAUAAACCCCUUCACCCCAUCCAGGAUGCCCAUGAAGCUCACUUCCAACCGACGGCGGUGGAUGCACACCUUUCCUGUUGGUCCUUCUGGAGAAGCAAUCCAGAUCCAUCACCAGACCAGACAGAACAUGGCUGAACUGCAGGGCAGCCAGCAGAGAGAUCCUGCACACACCUCCGCUGAGCUGCUGGAGCUGGCCUAUCAUGAGGCCACCGGAAGGCGAACUACCUCCAGACAUGCAGGGGAGAACGGCGUUUGCAUUGGUGGAGGGAUGGAAGAGUUUACAGGGAGUCCAGGGAGCAACUACAGUGGAACUCUAACCAACCGUGGCUCCACAUUUGAAGACCUUUCCCUCAGUGGUUCAGAUCCAAUCCUGCUGCUGUCUGCACCCCCGACAGUGCCCAGCUUCUGCUGCACAGUGGGGGUAGACUGGAAGUCUCUGACCACACCGGCCUGCCUGCCCCUCACCACCGACUACUUCCCCGACCGCCAGACGCUACAGAACGACUACACUGAAGGAUGCUAUGACCUGCUGCCACACAGCGACCUGGAGAGGCGAGAAGAUGAAGCUCCGGUGAUGAGUGCGUCUCAGGUGUUUGAGGAGUUUAUCUGUCAGAGGUUGAUGCAAGGCUACCAGAUCAUCGUUCAGCCCAAUAACAGGAAGCCACAGCCCGCUGUGGCCACUCCACUCGGCAGCAGUCCUCUUUACUCCAGAGGUUUGGUAUCACUGCGUCGAGCUGAGGAGGAGGAGACAGUUUACUGGCUCAGUAUGGGCCGGACCUUCCAUAAAGUUUGUCUCAAAGACAAGAUCAUCACUGUCACUCGCUACCUGCCAAAGUACCCGUAUGAGUCGGCACAGAUCCAGUACAGCUACAGUCUGUGUCCUCCACACUCUGAUGCUCAGUUUGUGUCCUGCUGGGUGGAGUUUGGCCAUGAGAGGCUGGAGGAAUACAAGUGGAACUACCUGGACCAGUACAUCUGCUCUGCUGGCUCUGAGGACUUCAGUUUGAUCGACUCUCUGAAGUUCUGGAGGACCCGCUUCCUCCUGCUGCCAGCCGGAGGAGCUCGGCGGGUGGCAGAUGGGGAGGGGCACUGGGAUGUGUAUGGGGAGGGAGCAGGUGCUGGGAUGGGUGGCAGCGGGGACUGGGUCCUGCUGGAUGGCUUCAUCCGCUUCCUGGAGGGUCUCAACCGCAUUCGACGACGCCAUCGUUCCGAUAGGAUCAUCAGGCAGAAGGGCACACCGAUGAAAGGACUGCAGGUCACCAGUCCUCUCCCUCCAUAUCCCACCGAGCCAGUGGUACCCCCACAGGGCAAGAAAGGCACAUCAGCUUUAUCAGCUUUACUUGAGAUGGAGCAGAACCAGAAAACACUGGAAGAACAACAACAGCAGCAGCAGCAGCAGCAGGCAAAGCCCUCAACAGCCAUCAGUGACCCUGCAAGUGUUGCCACCGCUCCCACAUAUGUAGACAGUCCCCGCAAGGAUGCUGCCUUUAUUUUGGAUUUUAUACGUAGCCCUCGCUCCUCCUACAUCUAUCACUCUCAGUUGCCUGGCGAGGCCAGUGAGGCUGCAGAUAAAGGAGUCCAGCCAGCAGUGACAGCUGGAGCAGCAGCACAGCCUGCAGUAGAGACUGCAGUCAGCAGCAGCACCUCAGACACCAGUGGGCAGUGUGCAGCGGGAGCCCUUUCUCUGUCCUCUUCCUCAACACUCUUGGAGAUCCUGGAGGCCAUCAAACAUCCCACGACAGGCAUACAACUGCUCCCGGAGCAGAAAGGCCUACCGCUCAACUGUUUUAUAAGCGCAGAAGUCGUUCAUUGGCUGGUCAACAAUGUGGAGGGUGUGGCCACACAGGGGAUGGCUGUGGAUGUCAUGCAAAAAAUGCUGGAUGAAGGUUUGGUGGCCCACGCUUCCGGAGAUGCCAUGCGCACCUUCGUCUACGGAUUCUACUUCUACAGGAUAGUAGGAGAGAAGGAUGGCCAGACGUCCCAGCUUCCCACCACGGCGGCUGGAGGCUGGUCUCCUGCAGCCCUGGAGGACUUUGCUCUGUUCCAGAGGAAGUGGUUUGAGGUGGCCUUUGUGCUGGAGGAGCGGAGACCUUGCGACCUCCCAGCGUUCCUCCUGCCUUGGCUGCCCAGCCGGCCAGCCUCCUACGCAAGUAGGCACAGCUCCUUCAGCCGCAGCUUUGGGGGACGCAGCCAGGCCGCGGCACUGCUAGCGGCUACAGUCCCAGAGCAGAAGACCGUCACUUUGGAUGUGGACGUUAACAACCGCAGUGACCGAACCGAGUGGUGCAGCUGUUAUUACCACGGAAACUUCUCCCUUAACUCUGCCUUUGAGAUCAAGCUGCACUGGAUGGCUGUGACUGCUGCAGUGCUCUUUGAGAUGGUUCAAGGGUGGCACCGGAAAGCAGCAUCCUGCGGCUUCUUGCUGGUCCCUGUGCUGGAGGUUCCUUUUGCGCUGACCUCGUACCUGUAUGGAGAUCCACUGAGAGCCCAGCUCUUCAUCCCUCUGAACAUCCACUGUCUGCUGAAGAACAGCAGCGACAACCUUUUUGAAGGUUUUGAACCAGAGACAUACUGGGACAGGAUGCAACUCUUUCAGGAAGCUAUACUCUACAGAUUCGGCUUUGUGCAUGACAAGUUUUCUGCUUCAGCUUUUAAUUUCCCCUCUGAGAACAAGCCCCAGUACAUCCACGUUACAGGCACCGUGUUCCUGCAGCUGCCAUACUCCAAAAGGAAGUACUCAAGCGGGCAGCAGCGCAGACGCAGAAACUCCACCACCUCCAACAGCCAGGGGCCUUUCGGUGGCGAGGAGCGGGUCGGAUACUACUGGGCCUACAACACCAUGCUGACCAAGGCCUGGAGGACAGGCGUGCUGGGGGACGAGAGGCUCGCCGAUCGGCUGCUCAGGGACUUCACAGACUUCUGUGCCAACAAGGACAACAGACUGCUCAACCUCUGGGACAGCUGCCAGGAGAAAAUGAAUGCCAGUGCUCCCUGACAGGAGAGAUGAGUGCAGGAAAACAAAAUGUAGACGGAAACUGUUUUUGCUCUUUAUUUAUCCAGCUACUUGUUGGACUCAGAGUUCCACACUGUUGUUGCUGUUCAGGGGCAAACAGGUGACUUUGACAGGCCUGCUGCUAUAACUGACCCGAUAAGAAUGUUCUCUUUGGAUGUUAACAGUAUUAAAUACUUGGACUCUGCAUUUUAAAAAUCA